AUGAGCGGCCGAUACGGAUACGGCGACACCGGCCGGUACGACCGCGGCGAUGGCGGCUACGGCGGUAGCAAUCUCGGUGUGAACGGGUACAGCGGAGCAGGAGGAGCAAGCAGGGAUCGCCGUCCUGGUGGCUACGGUGGUUUCUACGGCGAGUCGCCUUCGCCGCGCUCUGUGUCACCCAAUCCGUCUCCAGAGCGGCGGCGCGAUCAAGGAGAUCGGGACGGGCAACAACAAUCAUCAUCGUCCAAUUCGCGGUCGCGCACAAGGAAUGGAGAUGCAGAGAACAGAUAUCAGGGCUCCAGACCUGAUCGUCCGAAGGAGGCGCCGCGGUACCCGGAAAGCAAGAAUCGAGAUAGGAAUGGGUCUAAUGCCUUGAAAGUGGAUGAAAAUCUUGGGGAGCUGCAAUCAGUUGAAUCCGUCCUGCAGUCGAUCCAGCGCGAGUGGGAUUUCAUGACGGAUACCGAGUGCAUACCGGUGCAUGUGGCUUUGAGUCUGAUGGACAUGAGUACACUGGGCAAGGCGGACCGCGAGCCGGACUUCCUCCGGAUGCAUAAUCGGAUCCAGAGGACUUUGAAGGCGAUUGUCAAUGAACAUCACCAGGGAUUCAACAGCUCCAUCGGAACAUACCAUAAAAUCCAAUCGAGUAUUACAAGCUCCCAGGGCCGAGUUCGUGACCUGCGACAAUCCCUGGAGGAGGCAAAGUCCGGUUUACUGUCCACGAAGCCGGAGCUCAAGGGGCUGGCAACAUCCUCACAGAACUACGAUGAUAUCAUUCAGUUGUUCUGCCAUAUCGAGGAAAUCCAAUCCCUGCCUGAGAAGCUAGAGGCUCACAUAUCCGACAAGCGAUUCCUCGCUGCGGUGGAUGUGCUUCACACUGGCCUGCGAUUGCUCCGCCGCUCUGAAUUGGACAACCUUGGUGCCUUGGCAGAUGUCCGUGCGUUCUUCAGCAAUCAAGAAAUAUCACUCACAGAUAUCUUGAUUGAAGAAUUGCAUGAUCACCUGUACCUGAAGUCUCCGUACUGCACAGAUCGAUGGAAACCACCAAGCCCAGAGGGAGACAUCAGCUCAUUCAGUUGGACCGGCAACCGCUCUUGGGAACGACCAGUAUACACUUUUCUGGCAAAGUUGGAUGCGUCAACACCCAUGGUCGAAGAUGCUUCGCGGAAUCCCGAGGCCGACACAUUCUCAUAUAUUCACUUGUUGAUCGAAGCCUUGAACAAAAUGGGCCAUCUUGAUGUAGCGAUUGAUCGGAUUGAACAGCGUCUUCCGGUUGAAUUGUUCGCGGUGGUCGACAAAACGAACGCAGAUGUUGAUGCUCGCUAUCCCAGCCCGGCCAAAGGGUUUCCAUCUCGAGACAACUUCCUCAAGACCAGUCUACCCACCGAGGCCAUCGAAAAGCGAGGCCACGUGCUGGCAGAAUUUCUAUGGGCGCUGUACGCCAAGUUCGAGGCCAUUGCUGAGGGCCAUCGGGUCAUUCACGAUGUGGUCGCGGCUAUUGUGCAACGUGAGGGUCUCACCACCGGCGAUGCCCUUGCUGGAGGGUUCAAGGAGUUGUGGAAACUAUACCAAAGCGAGAUCCGAUCUCUCAUGCACGACUAUCUUGCAACUGAUGGCGAGACUUCUUAUCGUUCUCGGAACGAGGAAGCCGACGCUCGGCGGCAGCUCUACUCCGGUCGAGAUAAAACAAAGAAAAUGUUCAAGUUAUCUGAUAUUGAUCAGAAUUCAGAGAUGAAGGCUGAGCAGGACGAGCUGGAUGAGAUUCUAAAGUCCUCUGUACCUGGAAUGGUCUCCAAAACAAGACAGAAAUCCUCCACAAACGACUCUGCCCAAUCCAGACAGGGCAACUCCGGAACUGGCCACAAGAUCCUAAUCGAACCAAGUGUCUUCAAUAUGGGUCUGCUACUACCGCCUUCGCUUUCUUUCAUCCAACGCUUGAAGGAUAUUGUUCCGGUCAACUCGGACAUCUCCAUGAACACGCUGACCUCUUUCCUGGACGACUUCAUGGUCAACGUCUUCCACCCUCAGCUGGAUGAGACUGUGACGGACUUGUGUACGCUCAGCUUUAUCGCAGCUGAUGCGUUUACGGAAGACCCUCAGUGGGCCAAGGUGUCUCCUCGUCCCAUUUUCAGGGGCACGGUCAAAUUCAUGUCCAUCAUACGGGAAUUUAGCAAGAUGUUAUCGAGCAUUCCGCACGACCAGUCUUUCACACAGCUUCUCAUUGACCAGAUUGUGACAUAUUAUGACAAGUGUUUCGGAUGGUAUAAAGCAAUGGUUACGAAAGUCUCGACUCGGAAUCAGGGAGGUGGAGUCCGACUCAAGGCUGCAGCGCAGUUUGUGGAGUCCGGAGAUGUUCGUGACACAGUCAAUGAGCUGUGGAAAGGAGCCACAACAAACAAGCAGGCCUUGCUUGAUAAGGAAAUUGAGCUUCUUCUCAAACGGACUAAUCAGGUGCCUCUGGAACCGUACGACAUCAUAUCCGACCCCAAAACAGUCGUUGCUCUUUCACUCCUGUACAACAGCAUGAAAUGGCUCGGCAGUCAUCUCACCAAAAUUCGGUUGGUGAUGGACCCGGCAGCGGAGGCUGACUCGUCGCCAUCUCUGACUGCGAGCGGACGACCGUCGCGACGGUGGACCUUAUUCGGAGCGAUGAGACCUAAGCGUGACAGUAUUAACCAGCCCGUUUUUCUUCCACUCAACCAAGAGACGGCGGUGGCCUUUGACCGAACCCUGCAGUCCUUGCACGGUCUUGGUUCUACCGCAAUUCUGACAUUGCACGUUGACAUCCGGUGUGGAAUCAUCCACAUGCUAACAAGAACAAUGUCUGGCCCGAAUCCCCCUACUAUCCGAAAUUCCGAGCCCCAAACCCCAUCCCCCAGCUCAAACGAAGCCUGGUGGCACAUCCUCAUGAACCAGCCGACGGCCGCGUCACCGACCAUCCUCGAGCUGAACAACGACCUCAUCGCCUUCGACACAAACGUCUCGCUAUACCUCGGUUCCCCAGAGCGCUGGUUCAUCACCUCCGGCCUAGCACGGUUCAUUGAUCACGUCUUCGUCGCCUGCACGCGCUACAUCGGGGCCAUGAAUGAGAACGGCGCCUUACGUCUCCAGCUCGAUGUGCUGGUCCUCCAACAGAACCUGAAGAACAUCAUUAUCGACCCGACAGCAGCGGACGAGAACGACUCCUCGCACGAGAUCGUCGCCUUGCCGCGCAGCGCUAAGUUCCUGGACUGGUUCCUUGAGGGUGCGGAGAAGACUAUCGACAACGCCAAGUAUGAGAAGGAGGAGUUUGCCGCUCAGGGCGACAAGGCCCUUGCGGCCGGGAACGGCGAACCUUUCAGCUACGAUGAGCUUCGCGUGCUCGUCGACCUCUGCUUCUCGGAGAUCCUGCGCGGGCCCCGCGGUGCGGACAACCGUGAGGAUUUCAUGGCGGCGAAGAAGGCUAGCGGGGAUGCGAUGUUGAGUUUGAGUGAGAUUAUGUGGGAUGCCCGGUAA